CCCAGCCCUUCUUAAAUCUUUGCUGAAUCUCAUAUAAAUUUUACCAUACAACCUCGGAUUUUUAAAUAUCUAUUUAUUUAUUUCAUGCUGGGGCCUCAUGCAUGCUAAGCACGUGCUUACCAACUGAGCUGUAUCCCCAGCAGAACCUCAGAUUUUUCAUAAGGCCUGUGUUCCACACCAUACCUGCGACUGUCAUUUACAUUAGUGAUGUAAACUGCUUUGUAUUCACCUUCAAGUGAAUAUAUUCCCCUUCAAGAAUGCUGAAAAUGCCUUGCCUACUCUUCUCUUUUCUCUUCCUGCCCCUCAGGACUUAAAACAGGCACCAGUCAGCCCAACGGUCAGAUUCCGCAGGCUGCACCUUGUGUCAGUGCUGUUCUUGAAGAGGCCCAGAGACAUGUGGAAACAACUAAGGAUAAGAGGCCAGCCCCUGGUAGCCAAGACCCAGGAACGCCCCGGGCCAAUCACCUUCCGAAGUCCAGCCUGCCUCCGCCCCCUCCCAUUCGCCGGUCCUCAGACACCUGCAGCAGCCCCGCGAUGCCCCCAAGGCCAAGGGCACCGGCGGCUGCGGCUUCCCGGCCCCGCCCGACGACUUUCUGCCGCCGCCCCGCCGCCGCCGCCCGUGCAGGACGACUACGAGCUCCCGCCGCCCCCGAUUUCACCGAGGCGCCCCCGGACUCGUGCCCCCGCCCCGCCGUCGUUCGCGACGACCAGGGCUCGGCCCUGCCGCCACCCCGCCGCCCCCGCCGGCCUCGCCCCGGAGCCCGCCAGGCCGCCCCCACGGCCUCCAAAAGGCCUCCCGUGCCCCCCAAGAGGCAGGAGAACCCUGGAUCCCGGCGCCGGAGGGGCGGGGAGCAGGAUUUCAUGUCAGACCUCAUGA